AUGAAUUCUACAAUUGCUUUUGAUGCUGGCUCAUCGUCCUCGUUUUUGCAAGAUGUCUCCUAUUUUAGACUAUUCUUAACUUUUAUUGCUAUUGUUUUAGUAUGGGACCAAGUCUCAUAUAUUCAAAAGAAAGGUUCAAUUGCAGGUCCAAGAUUUAAGAUAUAUCCAAUUAUUGGUCCAUUUUUAGAAUCUUUAGAUCCAAAAUUUGAAGAAUAUAAAGCUAAAUGGGACUCUGGUGAGCUAUCAUGUGUUUCAAUCUUCCAUAAAUUCGUUGUUAUCUCUUCUACAAGAGAUAUUUCAAGAAAAAUUUUUCAAGCUACCAAAUAUGUUAAACCUUGUGUCGUUGAUGUUGCUGUUAAAAUUUUAAGACCUCAAAAUUGGGUAUUUUUAGAUGGUAAAGCUCAUACUGAUUAUAGAAAAUCUUUGAAUGGUUUAUUUACACGUUCUUCUUUAGCUCAAUAUUUACCAUCAAUGGAAGAUGUUAUUGAUAAAUAUAUGGAUAAAUUUAUUGAAUAUUCAAAGGAUAAGAAUUAUGAACCAACUAUUUACUUCCAUGAAAUGAGAGAAAUUCUUUGUGCUUUAUCCUUAAGAGCUUUCUGUGGUGACUAUAUUACUGAAGAUCAAAUUAGAAAAGUUGCCGAUGAUUAUUAUUUAGUUACUGCAGCUUUAGAAUUAGUUAAUUUCCCAAUUAUUAUUCCUUUCACUAAGACUUGGUAUGGUAAGAGAACAGCUGAUAUGGCUAUGAAGAUUUUUGAAAAUUGUGCUCAACAAGCUAAAGAUCAUAUUGCUGCCGGUGGUGAAUCUAUUUGUGUUAUGGAUGCUUGGUGUAAAUUAAUGCAUGACGCUAAGAAUAAGAAUGAUGAAGAUUCAAGAUUAUUACAUAGAGAAUUUUCAAAUAAAGAAAUUUCAGAAGCUAUUUUCACUAUGUUAUUUGCCUCUCAAGAUGCUUCAUCUUCUUUAGCUUGUUGGUUAUUCCAAAUUGUCGCUGAUAGACCAGACGUCUUAGCUAAAAUUAGAGAAGAACAAAUGGCUGUUCGUGAUGGUAAUCCAGAAAAGAGAGUUGAUUUAGAUAUGAUUAAUAAUAUGACUUAUACUAACAUGGUUAUUAAAGAAACUUUACGUUACAGACCUCCUGUCUUGAUGGUUCCAUAUGUUGUAAAACAAAAUUUCCCUGUGACUCCAAAUUAUACUGCUCCAAAGGGUGCUAUGUUAAUUCCAACUUUAUAUCCAUCUUUACAUGAUCCUGAAGUUUACGAAAACCCAGAUGAAUUUAUUCCUGAAAGAUGGGUUGAAGGUUCAAAAGCAAGUGAAGGUAAAAAAAAUUGGUUAGUAUUUGGUUGUGGUCCUCAUGUGUGUCUUGGUCAAACUUAUGUUAUGAUCUUAUUUGCUGCGUUAAUUGGUAAGUUUGCCCUGUAUACUGAUUUCGAACAUACUGUUACUCCAUUAUCUGAAAAGAUUAAAGUCUUUGCUACUAUUUUCCCUAAGGAUGAUUUAUUACUGACUUUUAAGAAAAGAGAUCCAACCACUGGUGAAGUUACUGAAUAG